GAGCACAUCAGCAUAGAGGCAAAUCUUGAAGGCAUCGACGUCUACGGCACCUCCUCGUUGGUGGUUAAGUCACUGUCCUUUCACACCCUCGACGAGUCCGCCACCCACCAACCAACCAACCCAAUAGAACCACCUUAUAUCCUCACUCACUCACUUCACUCAAAAUCAAAUCCCCAAACCCAAACCCAAACCCUCUUUCAUUUUCCCUUAUGGAGUCUUCUAUAGCUGCUUCUCGCAUCGGCCUUGCCGGCCUCGCCGUCAUGGGCCAAAACCUCGCCCUCAACAUCGCCGACAAAGGCUUCCCAAUCUCCGUCUACAACCGCACCACCUCCAAAGUCGACGAAACCGUAGAUCGGGCCCACCGCGAAGGCUCCCUCCCUCUCAUCGGCCAGUACAACCCGCGUGACUUCGUCCUCUCCCUCCAACGCCCUAGAUCGGUCAUCAUCCUCGUCAAGGCCGGCGCCCCCGUCGACCAAACCAUCGCCGCCCUCUCCGAGCAUCUCGAGCCUGGUGACUGCAUCAUCGACGGCGGUAACGAGUGGUAUGAAAACACCGAGCGCCGAAUCCAAACCGUCACCGAGAAGGGUCUCCUGUAUCUCGGGAUGGGCGUCUCCGGCGGCGAAGAGGGUGCUCGGAACGGGCCCUCGCUCAUGCCCGGUGGGUCCUUCCAGGCCUACAAUAACAUUCAGGACAUUUUGUUCAAGGUCGCUGCUCAGGUUGAAGAUGGGCCUUGUGUGACUUAUAUCGGUGAAGGUGGUUCUGGAAACUUCGUGAAGAUGGUGCAUAAUGGGAUUGAGUAUGGUGACAUGCAGCUUAUUUCUGAGGCUUAUGAUGUUUUGAAGCAUGUGGGUGGUUUGUCGAAUUCUGAGCUUGCUGAUAUUUUCGGUGAGUGGAAUAGAGGUGAGCUUGAGAGCUUUCUCAUUGAGAUUACUGCGGAUAUUUUCAAGGUGAAGGAUGAGGAGUUUGGUGCUGAUGGGUAUUUGGUGGAUAAGAUUUUGGAUAAGACGGGUAUGAAGGGUACUGGGAAAUGGACCGUGCAGCAGGCGGCGGAGCUGUCAGUGGCGGCCCCGACUAUCGCGGCGUCGUUGGAUUGCAGGUUCUUGAGUGGGUUGAAGGAGGAGAGGGAGAAUGCUGCGGCGGUGUUGAAGGAGGCAGGGUUGAGUGAGGGUGAGGAAGUGGGGUCUGUGAGAGUUGAUAAGAAGCGGUUGAUUGAUGAUGUGAGGCAGGCUUUGUAUGCUUCCAAGAUUUGCAGCUAUGCUCAGGGGAUGAACUUGCUGAGGGCGAAGAGCAAUGAAAAAGGGUGGGGUUUGAAUUUUGGGGAAUUGGCUAGGAUUUGGAAAGGUGGGUGCAUUAUUAGGGCAGUGUUUUUGGAUAGGAUCAAGAAGGCGUAUCAGAGGAACCCUAACUUGGCGAGUUUGAUAGUGGACCCUGAAUUUGCUAAGGAAAUGGUGCAGAGGCAAGCUGCGUGGAGAAGGGUUGUGGGGUUGGCUAUAUCAGCUGGGAUUAGUACUCCAGGGAUGUGUGCUAGUCUUGCUUACUUUGACACCUACCGGAGAGCGAGGCUUCCGGCGAACCUUGUUCAGGCUCAGAGGGACUUGUUUGGGGCUCACACCUAUGAGCGGGUUGAUCGCCCUGGCAAUUUCCAUACCGAGUGGACUAAACUUGCUCGCAAGAGUGGUACUGGAGUUGGUGCUCUCAAUUGAUGUCUUUAGCAUGGUUAGUUUUGUUUGCUUGUUUGUUGGUCAUUGUAAUCCUGGCUUAGGCACAGCAACUAUUGUUUCCUUACUGUAGCUGUUUUUGCUCUUAAUAAAAGAAAAGACAUGCAAUUUGAUA